UUCUUAUCAGUCGUGGCCAUAGCCUGCUAUCUAUUUGUCGUACAUUGACUUAGGGCGAUAAGAGUUCGACCUUCAAACGGUGUGUGCCAGCCCGAUGCGAACCAACAUGGCGGACUUAAAGCUGUUGAUGAUGACCCUCUUGCUGGCGUGUGACGUCAUCAGCGGCACAGAUGAAGAGGACUUGUCUAAACGCCAGAACGUCAUAAACAGGCGAUGCUUCGAAUGCCACGAGACAGACGCGCCGUUCCAAUGUCUGACACUGGCCAAAUGUGGAAACGGUGAGAUCUGCUUCACGAGGGAGUUCACGGACCACAACGGCAAACAGGGCUACCAUCUUGGGUGUGAACAGAAGCAGCGCUGUCAGCUUUUCUCUAACGCUGCAACGUUGCUGGGGAAACGAGAAGCAGAGGACGUGGAGGAUGACAGCAACCAAUGCUUCGAGUGCUGUGACGCCGACGACUGCAACGCCCAUCUGUGCCUGGGGUCUCUGUCCCGGAACAACGCCAGUCACCCCGGAGUGGGAUAUACCACAGGCAAGUGUCCCCCGACUUUCGUGGUCGGACCACGCUCGUGUUUCUAUAUGGCCAACUGGACACUGACCUGGGACAAUGCCAGACUGGACUGCCAGCGACGUGGCGCUGACCUCGCGUCUGUCAACGACCAGGCCGAGGACUUCUUCCUUGUGGGACUCUUCAACUCUGUAGCAGCGGCGACUCAUCCCAAUUGUUACUGGCUGGGGGGCUACUACAUCAUGGCAACGAAGGAGUGGGCGUGGCUGGACAUGGCGCGUGUCCAGUACACGAGAUGGGGUCCGAAAGAGCCUACCAGCAGCUCCUACCAGUACCGCAUCUACAUGGUCAACCCCGCCAGUAACGCCGCCUACACCGACUGGAUGUGGGCCUCCGGCACCGCCACCAGCGCUGAAGGCUUCAUCUGCGAGAGGCCCUUCCUGUGAUAGGAUGUGACCAUCUUGUCAAGUCAUACUGAAGGUGGAAGCGAAGAAUGGUAUUCUGACCAAAAAUUCCAUUUGUUGCUGAA